AUGGACGAGGAGACAUUUGCCGCGGCUCUAGGCACACAGUUCAGUAUACAGCCUAUGAAGGAAACGUUACCAGAGAGCGUUGCGCCGUUCUCUAACGGCACUAACCGCGAUGACUUCGAGGAGGUCACCAUCCAGGAAUUUAUGAGUUACAACAUUACCAUAACCACAUUGGCACAUUCUUCUGUAUAUGCCACGCGGCUGAAAGCUGAAAAAUACGAGCGGUAUAUAACCCACCUAUUUAUAGAUGAAGCGGCCCAGGGUAAUGAGCCCCAAUGUUUGAUACCGAUAUGCGGUUUGCUAUCAUCUAAAGGAAGUUUAAUCCUAGCCGGCGAUCCUCUACAGCUAGGUCCGGUCAUAAUUUCACAUUCCGCCAGGAGUUAUGGUCUAGGCGUAUCGCUGAUGGAACGUCUUCAGAAAACAUUUCCAAUGUACCACCCUGAAGAUGGUGACCCUAACUAUACUGUCAUGCUGAGGAAUAACUUCAGAUCGAACCCGGACAUACUGCGCAUUCCGAACGCGUUAUUCUACAAUGAACAACUCAAUGCUAAAGCAGCAAUAGAUCCUAUAAGCAAUACUGAUAUUUUACAUGAAGGUCAUCCCAGCCGCGCUAUUGCCUUCCACGGAAUAUUAUCUAGGGAGGAGAAAUCAAGUGCGUCGACUAGUUUUUUCAACAAUAUGGAAUUGGAGAUAGUACAAAAGUACGUAUCGACAUUAGUGGAUGAACACGGAGUCCUGCUUGAAGAUAUAGGAGUAGUCACGCCAUACAUACGACAGGCAUCUAAAGUGAAAUCGUGGCUUCUCGAAAAAGGCUACGAGAAAGUAGAAGUUGGGACAGUCGAAGCAUUUCAAGGCAAAGAGAAGCGUAUUAUCAUCGUAUCAACUGUUCGUGCGAACACUAAUAUGCUUGAGCACGACGCGAGAUACCAACUGGGGUUCCUGGUAGAUGAUAAGCGUUUCAACGUCGCACUGACUCGUGCGAAAGCCAAAAUUAUCAUCAUAGGCAAUCCCGUGUGCCUCAGUAAAGAUGUUAAAUGGCGUCUUUAUAUACAACUGUGUCGAGAAUUUGGCACAUAUUAUGGUUAUCAACAUGAAUAAUUAUGAAGAUUGAUGAACAAUUAUCGAGGACCAAUUUUAAUUGUAUUAAUAAUGACGCUAAGUGCUUUUAUUCUGUGAUAAGAUAUAUUUUUAUAUUUUUUGAUAAAACUUUGUUAUAGACAUGUUUCUUUAUGAUAUUACAUUUUUAUUAAAUAUGCUCUAUAAUGCC